CAUUCUCUCUGUGAGAAGCAGAGUCUCAGCCACAGCAGCCCCUCUAUUCCUUCUCCUGUCCUUCCUUAGUGCCACCGCCUGGUUGGUGUGGAGCCCUGUAGACACCAUGUCACAUACAAGCAUGGAUCCAACCAAGAUGGGGAUCGGCCGGUCUAUCGCCGUGCUGACUUCAGGAGGUGACGCCCAAGGUAUGAACGCGGCUGUGAGGGCCACAGUCAGAGUUGGUCUCUACACUGGAGCCAAAGUCUACUUUGUUCAUGAGGGUUACCAGGGUCUGGUGGAUGGAGGAGACAACAUCAAACUGGCCACCUGGGAGAGUGUGUCCAUGAUGCUGCAACUGGGUGGUACGGUCAUCGGCAGUGCCCGCUGCAUGGACUUCAGAGCCAGGGAGGGCCGCAUGAAGGCUGCCCUGAACCUGGUCAAGCUGGGCAUCACCAACCUGUGUGUGAUCGGGGGUGACGGUAGUCUAACCGGAGCUAACCAGUUCAGGACGGAGUGGUCCACUCUGCUGGUCGACCUGGUCAAAGCCGGUAAGAUCACUGAUAACGAGGCCAAGAGAUCGUCCCACCUGAACAUCGUAGGCAUGGUGGGUUCUAUCGACAAUGACUUCUGUGGCACAGACAUGACCAUCGGGACAGACUCCGCCCUCCACCGCAUCAUAGAGGUGGUGGAUGCCAUCACCACUACCGCACAGAGUCACCAGAGGACCUUCAUCCUGGAGGUGAUGGGUAGACACUGUGGCUACCUGGCCCUGGUGACUGCUCUGGCUUGCGGUGCUGACUGGGUGUUCAUCCCAGAGAUGCCCCCAGAUGAGGGAUGGGAGGGGCAUCUGUGCAGAAGACUGUCUGAUCAAAGGGCCAGAGGAUGUCGUCUGAAUGUGAUCAUUGUGGCAGAGGGAGCUAUGGGCAGAGAUGGAAAACCCAUCGGCUCUGAAGACAUCAAGAAGCUGGUGGAGAAGAAUUUGGGCUUUGACACCCGUACCACUGUCCUGGGACACGUGCAGAGAGGCGGUACCCCCUCUGCCUUCGACAGAAUCCUGGGUAGCAGGAUGGGUGUGGAGGCAGUCAUGGCCCUGCUGGAGGCCACUCCAGAGACCCCGGCCUGUGUCGUCAGUCUGUCCGGUAACCAGGCCGUCAGGCUGCCCCUCAUGGAGUGUGUCCAAGUGACUAAGGAUGUGACGACUGCCAUGGCUGAGAAUAGAUGGGAGGAUGCUAUCAAGCUCAGAGGAAAGAGCUUUGAAAACAACUGGAACACAUACAAGAUGCUAGCCCACAUCAACCCUCCAGAUACCAAGAGCAACAUUAAUGUGGCCAUAGUUAACGUCGGUGCCCCCUGUGCUGGUAUGAAUGCUGCCGUGCGUUCUGCAGUGAGGAUUGGAAUCAUUCAGGGACACAAUAUGCUGGCCGUUCAUGACGGGUUUGAGGGUCUCGCUCACGGAAAGAUCGAGCCCAUCACCUGGACAGGAGUGUCAGGCUGGACUGGGAAGGGAGGCUCUGAGUUGGGCACCAAGAGAGUCCUGCCUUCUAAGUACAUUGAGGAAAUCAGCUUGACUAUCGCUAAAUUCAAUAUCCACUCUCUGGUAAUCAUUGGAGGGUUUGAGGCGUAUAUGGGUGGUCUGGAGCUGGUGACAGCCAGGGAAAAGUAUGAGGAGCUGUGCAUUCCCAUGGUGGUCAUCCCCGCCACUGUCUCCAACAAUGUACCCGGCUCCGACUUCAGCAUCGGAGCUGACACCGCCCUCAACACCAUCACCUCGACCUGUGACAGGAUCAAGCAGUCAGCAGCAGGCACCAAGCGUCGUGUGUUCAUCAUUGAGACCAUGGGAGGGUACUGUGGGUAUCUGGCUACCAUGGCCGGCCUGGCUGCUGGGGCUGAUGCUGCAUACAUCUAUGAGGAGAAGUUUGGAAUCAGGGACCUCGAGAUGAACGUGGAGCAUCUCGUGCAGAAGAUGAAGACAGACGUGAAGAGAGGUUUGAUUCUCAGGAAUGAGAACUGCAAUGCCAACUACACCACAGACUUCAUCUUCGCUCUCUACUCUGAGGAGGGCAAGGGCGUCUUCGACUGCCGCAAGAACAUCCUGGGACACAUGCAACAGGGCGGAACCCCAACACCUUUCGACAGGAACUUUGGUACAAAGAUGGGCUCCAAGGCUGUUCUGUGGCUCACAGAGAAACUCAAGGAGGUGUACAGACAUGGUCGUAUCUUCGCUAACACCCCAGACUCUGCCUGUGUGCUGGGCAUGAAGAAGAGAGCACUGACCUUCCAGCCCUUGGCUGAGCUUAAUGAACAGACUGACUUCGAGCACCGCAUCCCCAAGACAUCGUGGUGGCUGAAGCUGAGGCCUAUCAUGAAGAUCCUGGCUAAAUACAACAUCAGCCUGGACACAUCAGAGCAUGCCCACAUGGAACAUGUGAUCAAGAAGAGGGUGUCGAUGCCCGCACCACUGAUGAAGAAGCACAAGGAGGAGGUAGAGGAGGAAGAGGAAUAGGGGGAAGAGGAGGAGGAGGAAGAGGAAGAAGAGGAAUUUCUUUAUGUUACAUGUAUGUGUGUUUUAUAUGUAUGUGUGUUUUACAUGUAUGUUUCUGGUUAAAUUAAUCAUCUGAACCAGCUACAUUCUUUCUUUGCCCGUUGUUCCCUAUCCUUUUUGGUCUCAUUAGUCUUUGCAAUCAUUUCUUUCCUCACACACUCUUUCUUCAUGUCUCAAUCAGUUAACUCGGUGUGCUGCAAUGCUCUGGGAGCCCAGUUUUACUGCGCUUCCAACAAUUAAACACAUAUUACCA